ACGAACUUCUUUACUUUCGCACUGUGCAUCACUAUAUCUUUUGGAUGGUGUUUUGGAAUGCCAAUCUGGAACUUGGGGCUUGUAUUUGAACUCAUUGCUGGUUGCGCAACCUCUUGCGCAGCCUGAGUAAGAGUACCAUUGAUACAACAUACCACGGCUAUGCGAUCGUCAUAAUAAAUCUGGGGAUCAAGUGCUACUAUGAAAGUGCUCAACCUAAGGCGCUUGUAAGCCUAAAUCAUCAAUCGAAGAUGUCCAAAACUAGCCUGGAUCCCAAGCAGGCCAGGGUGCAAAAGGUGUGCACCUUAUGGACGCACGGGGAUAACUUUUCUCGCGACGAUGUCAUCUUCAAUAUAGAGAAAUUUCCCGAGCUACCAGCGAGCCACGGAUCUCUAAUACAAGUACUCGCUCUCACGCAGUCUGUCGCUGUUCGAGACUUCCAGGUACCGGCGAAAAGCAAUGUCAAGGACACAAGCUCUUCAAAGGCCGAUGACAUUGGCAAGGACACUGCAUCGACGCAUCACUCCAAAAGAAGCCGUAGAGGUUCCGUUAGGAUCACGCUCGAUGAAAAUGGGUCUGUCAUCAAUGAAAGGCGCGACGUAGAUCUGCAGAAAUCAUACGUCUUCGUAGCGAAGCCUAUGUCUCCGGAGCUGAAGAGCAAGCACCCCAAUUUGCAGGUUUCUAUUUCGGAAACGAUUGCAAGAGAAUUUGGCCUUAGAAACCGCAUGCAAGUUGUAGUAACAGAGGCCGACGAGGAAAGGCAUUCGGCGUCACACGUCGAGAUUACCUUUCGAGAUGAAUAUCUAGCCCGCGCUGAUAUGUGGCGCAUGGCCUCAUCUGAACUGAGCAAUCGAACUGUUUAUCGCGGACAAAAGCUGCUUUUCAUGAGCACCAUAAAAGCUACCGUCAAGAACGUCUUUAUCAAUGGCCAAUCAACGCACUCCGGAUACUUUUCGUCUCUCACCAAACCAGUGUUCCGCAGCGAGUCCGCACGAUUUGUCUUGUUUAUCCAAAUGUCAAAGGAGAUGUGGAACUUCGAUGCGGAAGGCGCCGGGGAAAUCAUGUUCAACAAAGUGGUGAAUGGCUUCCUGCCUGAUCUCUUCAAGCGAUGGUUGAAAAUCAAUGCACGCCAUCUGGUCACUAUCAUUUUGUUCACGCGUAUGCGAUACGACGAGAAUAGUCCGAAUCAUCCCGCUAUCAAUAGCAGCUCGAGUUUUAAUAACCGCUGUGGCAACUAUCGAGACUAUUACCGUGUAGUCGUCAGUGACAUGGCAAGCCAAGACUGGAUAAGGAUUCUGUACCAGCUGAAGAAAGAAUUUAGAUCGUUUCUAAAAGAUGUAUCAUUGGUACCCAAGGCAAAUGAUACUCUCGCCACCGACGCUCAGUCAUCAAACAAUGCCGAGACAGAAUUGGUGAUAUCAGGCAAGCCAUCGACUGCAUCCACCGGCAACAUUCUUGAGGCCAUCAAUCUGGCAGCAACUCAGUUCGCAAAAGACUAUAUCGAUCGCGAUUUGGUACGUACGGGAAUCUCCAUAGUUGUCAUCACUGCAGGCACAGGUGUAUUCGAGGUCGACUAUAAUAUGCUGAAAUUGACAACUGAUACCCUUGUGGGCUCUGGAAUCGGGAUUGAUCUGGUGUGUCUUUCUCCGAUGCCACUUCAUUCAGUGCCUCUCUUUAAAUACCGAAGCCCGCGGUCAAUAUCUUCGUUAGGUUUUGGUACAACCGGAAAUAAAAAGAGUGCGCCUUCUCCAGAUCCAUUCACCGAGCAGGAUGAUAAAACACCACGGCAACACCAAGCCAACUUUGGAUCCAUACGAUUUGCACACCCCGUGCUUCCAGCAACAACCCACAUAGAGGACCCGAUCCAAAGGGGACAAUCUGCCGUGGACGACUGGAGGUAUGCUAUGCCACAUUGGCUUGAUAUUUCCUUCUGGUCCGGGACCACAGAGGAAAUUAUUCAACUAUCAAAGCCCACAAAGGCCAAGACGUCGAUUGAGAAAGCCACUAAACGGAAAAGGACAUUUGCUCUAAGAUGCCGCAUGUAUGAGAUGCAGAUGAUGGGCGUCAUGGAGAACGAGCUUGGUGACAUCUCAAUUCCGUAUCUAGAAGAAGAUCCAUUCUAUCCGCAUAACCUGAAGCAACUAGCAGAGGGUCUUCAAGGUAAAGAGCCGGGAACGGUCGCAAAACGGGGUUCUGUUUUCAACACAAUCGAUGCAGAGCUUUCUAGAGCGUCAGGAUCACCGCUAAACGAAGAGGCAACCAAUCCUCGAGCCGUCUGCCAAGCAUGGAUGGAUACUUACGAUGACAACGUAUUUCGUCCACUGAAUGAGGAGGUGCCCCAAAUACGUUUCAACACUCCUAGCAACAACAACGGGAUUCUUGAGAAGACCAUUUCUCCAGGGCAAUCAAUCGAUAAUUCAUUGCUGCCAAGUUCUAUUGGCAGAAAUGGGACUUCGCCGUCCAAGGACACGCGAUAUAUCGAGAACGGGAGAUUCUUGGCUCAACAUAGAUCAAAGGGGGGGUACAGUUCAUCGCCAUCAGGUGGCACUCUUCAGCCAGGUGAUUAUGGUGGUCCAGGUGCCCCCCGCGCGGACGUUCUAUACAGGCAGAUGGCGGCCUCUAGAAAUCAGGAAGAUAAACGUCCCCAACAACAUCGUCGAGGAAAUUCUGGUGAUUCGAACAAUCCUCACCACUCGGUGAUGUCGACACCAAAUGAUUCCCCAAUAGUGAGCAGAAACAACACUCCACCAAAACGGAGUGGAUUGCCAAUUCGUCCCGGAGCAUUGACCCCUUCCACCCAGUCAGAAAAGCCAACCAGUUGGUUUCUUCGACAAAUUAGCUUUGGUGCAAAGCGCGGUGCAACAGCAGCACCGACAACAAGUGUUGCUACUGUCGACUCUACCCCGGUGAAAGUGACGGCUACAAAUCUCAGUGCCGAAAACAACCAGAAAGAUGUCAUUGCUGCGAAGUUGGCGAGCACAAAGCCUUCACAACCGAUCAACAUACGCUCAGGUUCCCGCGCCGGAUUAUCAUCCGAUGGUUCACCGUCUUCAGAAAGUGUCUCCCAGUCGGUUGAAACCGUCAGGAACUCCCGCAUCUCAAGAACGGCUACAACUUCACAGGCAAGUUCGGUGACAAAAGACCCUGGAUCGACGUUCUUGAUUGCAGGGUCAAGAGCUUUAGGAGAUGCGGUCGGUCCCAAGUUAGAUUUGUCAACGAGUGGCGGCACAAAAGAAGUCCCACGAACAAUAUCUCCGACCAGUGCGAUCGCGCCAUGGGCAGUCCUGGUCAACCCAUGUAAUCCGAAAAAGAAUCAGCAAAACGUUGCCGCUCAAUUCCGACGGUGGCAGCAUAUAUUUCCCAAGCGUCUGAAAACUUCCUCGGUGAAGUGGAAAUCAUUAUGCUCCCCGGCGGCUGUCCCGUUGACGAACGAGUAUUUUCCAACCGCAGAGCAAUUGGCAACUGAGUACAACGAAAGCCCAUACAAGAUCACACAAAACGAUGAUGAAGACGUGCUGGAAGCACCCAAGUCCAGAGAAUCCCUGGUUCGCGAGCUCAUUGCGUUUCGACUAUCGCACGGGUUUCAAAUCAUCAUUGGUUCCGCUGUUGCAGAAUUUGCAGGCGGACGUGAGCGGGAUCUGUCGAGCAUCUUUGAUCCCAACUAUAUGGCGCAAGAUGGAGAUACCGUAUUCAUGUUUGUUGGAAAUACCAUACACCAGCUUGUCUGUGCCGCCGGUGGCGAGGUAGAGGUCAAGCGGUAUAACCGUAAACCUACUACGGCGUUGCAGACUUCAGCGGGGGUAGAUACGCCAUUUGCGUAUAAGCCAUUCAUCAAAACCGCGCUGGAGCCAAAUUACGAGCCUAGAGACGUCGUGCUGCGACCUCCACGGAAGGAGUACAAUUGGAAUUUCAUUGACACAUUCCUUGCUGGCUAUCAGGACGAAUUCUCCGACGUCUUGCGAUUCUGGAGAGCACGUUUUGUGCUCAUUCCUGUAGCACUGCCGACUGUGAAUCGCCGGCCGCUACACCUACUGACAGAAGACUCAGAGGAAGAAAUACGGCUGGAGGGUAUUCGAAAGCUGACACAGGUGUGGCAAAGAUAUCGAUACGUGCCGCCGGAGGAAAGGGGAACCCAGUCAUCUGCCGCCAAUCUGCAAAAAGACCCCAAUCCUCUUGCUAUAGAGUAUAGGACGCGGGACCCUUCCUCGAUUGUGGCCGCCGGCCCUGACAGUACGAUACUAACAGAUGCGGAGAACGAGCUCCAGAUGUCGCUUUUCUCCGAGACCGAACAGUAUGCAACCGCUAACAUCGACAUCAAGAAGUUGGCAGAUGAUCUUCAAGGAGAUAAAGGUAUUCAUAUGAUGGACCGUCGCUGGCACUGGAAGCUGCAUUACAACUGCUUCCUUGGGUUCGACCUAACGAGCUGGUUGCUGUCUCGGUUCAAAGAAAUCCACACCCGCGAAGAAGCCGUGGAUCUUGGGAACCAACUAAUGGAAAAGGGCCUGUUCAAUCAUGUCCAAAAGCGUCAUCAGUUCCGUGACGGCAAUUUCUUCUACCAGAUUGCCAAUGAAUAUAGGGCACCCCGCCCAGAAUCUCGGGCUGGGUGGUUUGGAAUGCGGAGGACCGACCGAUCAGUUCCGUCGACGCCUCUCACCGAGGGCCCAAGGACGUCUCCUUUGGCACCUCGGACUAACACAAAGUUCCGCGAUUCGUCAAGUGCUUCUGAAUCCUCACGCGAUGGGGAGAAAACGCCCACUCGAGAUGGUACUCCAAAGCGCAAAGUCGUACUAUCUCGCGUCAUGCGCUACGACGUCGACCCUCGCAGACGCUCCUAUCGUCCAGAGAUAAUCUCGCUGCAUUACGAUCGACUUCACAACCCGGACAACUGCUACCACGUAAGGAUCGAUUGGAUGAACGUGACCGCGAAACUGAUCGAAGACGCGAUCGUGACCUGGGCCACCAUGGUAGAAAAGUACGGCCUCAAGCUCGUCGAAGUACCCAUCGGCGAGGCCUGCAACAUCGCUACCCACCACCCAUUCCGCUCUCCCUACAUCAUCAAGCUCGCGCGCCAACCUCCCCAGCAACAGCCAGAAGUGGCCUGGGACACCUCACACUUCACACCACAGUUCAAGACCGAAAGCUUCCCUUACCACAAAGCGCUCCUCCGGCGCCUAGACUUCGUCCUCGACAUGGAAGCCGCGUCCGCAUUCCCCUCAGACGUCGAGGUCUCCUAUUCCUGGGGCAACCCGGACUACAAAUACACGCAAUUCAUCCACCGCACGGGAGUGCUCCUCGCGCAGAUCACCGCGGACGGCGACUUCCUCCUGCUCGCCAACCGCCUCGCCCACAACCGCGGCAAAGACACCACGAGCCGGCUGCGCCCAACCGCGACCACCGGCGCCGGCGGAGGCGGCAGUCACUACGACCACAAGCUCUCGCGAACGACGUCAACCGCACCACCCACUCCAGCCGAGCGCGCAAACCCGCACCGCUCCCCCUUCUCCUCCCCCCUCGCCCGCCCCGUCCAACCACAGGACCCCUCCCUCCUGCACCUCUCCCUCGCCGAGAAGCCCCAGCUCUCCUCCACCAACUCCACAACCUCACACCCCGUCCUCUCGUCCCUCCCCCACCAACCACUCACCUCCCGCACCCCCGAGCAGAUCAAAGACGACAUGGAAGCCUUCUGCCACGACGCCCCCGCCCUCCAGAAAUUCUACGACGAGGCCUUCCGCCAGGCCCCUAGCCCGAGCCCCCAGCUCCUCCCCGUCCUCGACGACAAGAUCCCGAGCCUCGGUCUCCCACCCGCCAUCAGCAUCCGCGAGGCGAGCCCUGCGCAGAGUUCCGGGUGGGGUGGCGGCGGCCUCAGUCUGGCGUCUUCUGCGGGAGGCGGCGGCGGCGGCGGCGGUGGUGGUGCUGGGUCCGCGGGCUACAUCGGCACGCCUAGGAUGCCGAAUGCGGCUGCGGCUGCGACGGUCGCGGGCAUCAUGGGGAGGAGGCAGGGGAGCGAUGGAAGUGGGAGUGGAAUUGGGAUUCCGGGAAGUGCGGGUGGGAAUGGGAGUGCAGGGAGUGGAAGCGGUGGAAGCGGUGGGAAUGGGGGAGCGCCGAGGAGACAGGACUCGCAGGGUAGUGCCGGGACGGGCGUGUGAUGAGGGUUGUUGGAAUCAUGUAUUGUUUGUUUGCUGUUACUUGUACGGAUUGCAUGUAUACUUGACUUUUGUCUUUUGCAUGGAGUUGGAUCUUUGGGUUUAACUGGUAGGGGAACCGCUGGCUUUUUGGGCUAUCUAUCUACAGCUAUUCUUUCCAGAGGGGAUUGAGAGAGCAGAGAGCGAUGAGGAGUUCAAUUCAAUAAGGAUAGCCAUGUUAUAGUACAUUAUUCACAUUAAUCCAAUAGUAAAUCC